AUGCCCGUGACUUCGACUACAUGUCGGGUCUCGUAUGGGGAAAUGUUCUUCAUGAUAUAUGACCAUUUGGUUCGCUCCUGGAAUCUCGUCAGUUUGAGCGUCUGUCGAAACAACAGUACGACGUUGGACUCGUGCAAAGGACGAAAAGGCCGCUCUGGUAGGGGGGCGCUGGCCGGAUGGAGCAAGACCGGAGGCGUGGAGGAGGGUGAUGUGAACGUGUGGCACGGCGCAAGUGCCGCUUUAGCGGCGUUCGGAUCACCCCCAUCGCCACUCUGGGACUGGAGCUACGGCACCAGCCUCUCGGCAGCUAGGCCAUGGUGGCGGAUGACAUUGCUGAAGCUAGAAGGUCUCACGAGGGAGGGUGAAGCCCACGCAAGCCUGAUCUCCGAGCGAGGCAGUUUUGGCUCGGCCGAAAUCUCGGGGUGUUUCACGCAAUCUGGGGUUUCCCAUAGGCGAACGCCGAAAAUUACCCAAAACCUAGAAUCAACCUCACAAACACGUUUCUGGUGGAUCGUUGACCGAUCUUCGCAUAUGGAGACGCUGUCAAAUAAACUCAGAUCUGGCUAUGGAGCUGUCCCGGGGGCAUGUGGGAUGCCGAAGGUGGAUGCUACUCAGAUCCAACGCGGGACACGCAUGCAAGUCUAA